UUUUUGCGUUAACGCGUAUUUUGUACUUCUCUGCUUUUAGAUUUCACGCACAAUAAGGUGCUCUGUAUCUCUAAUCUCUUUUACUUUUUAAUUAAGUACUACAAAAACAAAGAACAAGAAGAAGAAAGAAAGAAAUCAACAAGCAAAAAUGGUGAAAGACAGGACAAUUGGUGUUGCAAUGGAUUUUUCAAAGAGCAGCAAAACAGCUCUGAAAUGGGCAAUUGAUAAUUUGGCUGAUAAAGAUGAUACCUUUUACAUUAUACACAUCAAGAAUCAUUCUUCUGAUGAGUCUCGUAAUAAAUUAUGGGCUCAGUCUGGUUCUCCUUUAAUUCCAUUGGUGGAGUUUAGGGAGGCUGAGGUGUUGCAGAAAUAUGAUGUGGAGACUGAUAUUGAAGUUCUUGAUUUGCUUGAUACUGCUACUAGGCAGAAAGAGAUAAAAGUUGUUGUCAAACUAUACUGGGGAGAUGCAAGGGAGAAACUGUGUGCAGCUGUUGAAGAUCUGAAGUUGAAUUCUUUGGUUAUGGGUAGCAGAGGACUCAGUAAACUCCAAAGGAUAUUCUUGGGAAGUGUGACCAACUAUGUAUUGUCUGUUGCGACCUGCCCUGUGACUGUUGUUAAGGAUCCUGAUUUUCACAAGCACUGAUCAGGUUUUGUUUGGUUAAAUAUGAACUUAUGAUACCAUUUUCGAAUAAGAUGAAAGGAUUUUACAGGUUGUAAUUUCUCUUGUGGUGACAAUUUCUUUACUUCCAAUGCUAAAAGAGACGGAUGGAUCCCUUGAUUUAUGGUUUUUCUGCUUUUGUAUGAAAGAAGUAUACAAUCGUUUGGAUAGAA